GACUCGGGCGUGAUCUGACAGUCCAGUGGUGUUUAUCGCAAAACUCGCAUAAUCCCAACGAAUAUUGAAAAAUAUUGAAAUUGACGGUACUUAAAAAAGCAUGAAGAAACAGUGAACCAAACUGCGUUGCGUAUUUAAUGUUUCAAUUGAACUAUAAAUAAUAAAAGAAAAAUAAAGUUUUUUUUUAAAAUCAUAAUACAUAAAAUUAAGCAAAGAAGUUGCAUAUUUUAACGUUGAUGUGGAACUUUUUGGCGCGAAAUAAGCAAGUGGCUGCCAUGUUGGGGUUGCUGGCGGCAGCUGCUUUGGUUGUAAUAUUUUUGACCACUAAGGGUGGCGGUCAUACGAUCGUCGAGAAAUUUAUGGAUGAGACCGAAGAUAUCAGCGAUGACGCACAUAUUUUUUCUACUCUCAGCCUCCCCUCAGAUGACCGUUUUAUGCCAUCUAUAGGAAAUGGUCAUAUCGCCACAAAUGUGUUCAGCGAUACCGUCUAUAUGAAUGGUCUGUAUAACGGCCGUAAAGGAGAAAGCCACAGGGCGAGGAUACCCGCGUGGGCCAACAUUAGAUUAAAAUCAACACUGACUAACCAUCCCUAUAGCCCCGUGUACAGUUUGGAUACAAAACAUGGAGUUUUCCAAGUGAAGGUUGACAGAGAUAGAUCUGUUGUCACUCAACGGAUAUUCGCACAUAAGUUUUACACGAGAACUAUUGUCAAUCAGAUACAAGUUGUACCGAAAACACAUGCGGAUCCAAACUUCGUCCAUCACGAGAUUUGGAUAGCGAUAAGUCAAAUGGCCGGUCCUGAAAGUAAGGACAUUGCCUUUGAGUCACCAGUUCCUGAAAUCAUUGACGACGCAAUAGUUUGGAAAGCUUGUGGGAAAACGAAGGAAACAGAAGAUCCAGUGUACCAACCACUGCCAGUCGACGUAUGUGCGUACUGGACUUCGGUACCUGACCAUCUCGUUGUGCCACAUUUUCGAAGUAGGGUAUUUACAUUUGUAAUGACUGUGGAUAAGAAUGAAACGGUCGCGAGACAGGAAUUUGUUAAAAUAUUGCAGGAGGACGGCGAAGAGUUAUUCGAGAAACAUGUAGAGCGUUGGGUGAAGCUCUACCAGCAGGGUGGGAUGGAAAUAGAAGGGCACUUGGAAUUGGCUAAAAUAGUGCACGGGAUUUGGUACUAUUUCUUGAGUUCGUUACCUUCCGAUGAGUCUCACUUGCCAGCUGACAGAUUCUUCGGACUCAGUCCUACUGGACUGGCUAGAGGAGGAACUUUUGACGAUUAUGAAGGUCACAACUUCUGGGAUACAGAGAUCUGGAUGUUCCCCUCCAUACUCUUGCUUUACCCACGAUACGCCCACGCACUACUACAGUAUCGCCUUGAUAAUGUGUACGUGGCAGCUGAGUUAGCAAAACUUACCGGAAAUAAAGGAUACAGGUUCCCCUGGGAAAGCGCAUACACAGGCUCGGAAGUAACCCAACCUUGCUGUCCUGAAGUCGCCGAAUUCGAGCAACAUAUUACGGGAUGUAUAGCGUUUGCUGCCAGACAAUAUUUAGCUGUGACUAGAGAUGAAAACUGGUUAAAGCAUGGCGGAUGUUCGAUUGUCACAAACAUCGCAGACUUUUGGGCGUCCCGAGCCGUCAUCAAUUAUACGACCGGUCUUUAUGAUAUAGAGAAUGUGAUGGGUCCUGAUGAAGAUCACAGCAACAUCACCAACUCCGUCUUCACUAACGUAGUUGCUGGUUACUCGCUGUAUUUGGCACAAUAUGUAUCUUGCCUUUGCAAAUCAUACUAUAUGGCGAAGGCCCCCGACCACUGGGCGGACAUCGCUUGGAGCCUUGCGAUGCCGUACGACGAGACCCUAAACUACCAUCCACAGUUCCAAGAUUACAAGCGCGGAGAAUUCAUCAAGCAGGCUGAUGCGGUCCUCCUUGGGUAUCCACUUCAAUAUCCGAUGAACAUCUCAACUCGAGCGAACGACCUCACCUACUACGAGUCGGUGACACGCAGUAAUGGACCCGCCAUGACAUGGAGCAUGCACUCCAUCGGACAACUAGACAUAGAAGAGAAUUUAAAAGCCGCUAAAAUGUUCAAUAAGAGCUAUGAAGGUUAUGUAAGAGAACCUUUUAAGGUGUGGAGUGAACUCCGUCGUCCAAGAGUAGGAGCAGUCAACUUCCUUACGGGUAUGGGAGGCUUCCUGCAAACGCUCAUGUUUGGAUACGCAGGUCUCAGGAUACAUUUAGACCGGCUGGAGGUAAAUCGUCCUCAGCUGCCUCCAGAAGCUACUAGGUUUAGAAUCAAAGGCAUUAAGUACCUGGGGUCAAACCUUACACUGGACAUCGGAAUUAUGGAAACCACCCUGACCGUUUCUUCAGUAGACGACAACUGGCCUCUAAUCAUGAACAAUGGAAGAUACAACGUCACAUUAGUUCCUGGGUUGACAGUAACUCUUACCGGAGCGGGCCCGUUCACGAUACGAACACUACCUUGGAAGAACUGCAAGGUGCCGGCCGACACUAUCGGACAGAACUACCUACGACCCAUAGGAUUAUAAAAUGUCAUGUAUUUUAAUAUAUUAUUUAUAUAGACUGCUUUUAAUUAAACUUAUUAAUAGAA